AUGGCAUGGCAGAGCAACCAGACUUCAGGAACUGACUUCAUCCUUCUAGAUCUGUUUCACAGCACCCCAGUUCCCAGAUUUCUCUUGGCACUCACCAUAGUGGACUUUCUGGUUGCCCUGGUUGGCAACUCCAUAAUCAUCCUCCUCAUUUGGGCAGACCCUCUUCUCCACAACCCCAUGUACUUUCUGCUCAGCCAGCUCUCUCUCAUGGAUCUCUUGUAUAUCUGCACAUUUGUCCCCAAAAUGGUCCUGGUCUUUCUCUCUGGGGACCACCAAAUCUCCUUCAUCGGGUGUAGCUUUCAGAUGUUCCUCUUCACUACUCUUGUUGGGUCAGAAUUCCUGGUGCUGGCUGUGAUGGCAUAUGAUCGGUAUGUGGCCAUCUGCCACCCACUGCGCUACGCCAUCCUCAUGCGCCCCAGGGUCUGUGUGUGGCUGGCACUUGUGACCUGGCUGGGGGCACUACUUAAUGGCUUAAUUCAUGUUGUGUACACUCUGACUCUUCCCUACUGUGGCUCCAGGGAAAUCCAUCAUUUCUUUUGUGAGAUCCCAGCUCUGCUGAAAGUGGUCUGUAUGGACACCUCCCAGUAUGAAAAUGGUGUUUUUGUUAGUGGGGUGGUUUUUAUUCUUCUUCCAUUUUCAGCCAUUCUGGGCUCCUAUGGCAGCAUACUGUCCACUGUACUGGGUAUGGGAUCAAGGCAGGCACUACGGAAAGCCUUGUCUACUUGUUCAUCUCACAUGACCGUGGUAUUAAUGUUCUAUGGUGCUGCCAUCUUCAAAUACAUUGUGCCAAAGUCCUACCACACCCCUGAGCAGGAGGAAUUGGUCUCCGUUCUUUACACUAUUAUUACGCCCAUGCUCAAUCCUCUUAUCUACAGCUUGCGAAACAAGGAUGUCGCUAGAGCUUUCUGGAAAGUUCUUGGAAAAGGAGGUCUAUGA